GGGGUGCUGAUUAUAUAUUAUUAACAAGUUUAAGACUAAUAAUAAUAACAACAGCUCAUUAGCCGCGAGAGGCAAGAGGCAGGAGGCGAGGGGGCGAGGCAGCUGGGCGGCCGGAGCCCAGGGGCAGCCGGGGCCCGGAGGCGGGCAGGCGCGCAGCAGCGCAGAGGCCGGCCCGGGGCUGCGGGACCCUCCAGCCCAGCCUUGGAGCAGGGACUCGGGCGGCUGCGGGGCUGCGGCCGCCCUUUCUGGGCCAGGGGCUCAGGGGGCCGGGCGCCCCCACCCAACGGUCAGCGCGAGCCGGCCCGGGGCCGGGGGCCUGAGCCGGCGCUCCAUCCUCUUCCAGGCGGCCGGGCCAGCGGGCAGGCGGGGGAGGCCCCCUCGGUUCCCGAGCCGCAGCCCUAGCCGCUCCCAGGCGGCACCCGGCCGGCCAGCCGCUGCCCGCUAGCUGCCUCCCGCCUGCCGCCUGCUGCUGGUCCCCCUCCCUCCCCCUCGCCCCUCCCUCGCCCCCUCCCCCCCCGCGCCCGGCUGCAACAGCAGCAGCAGCAGCAGCAAUAGCAAUAUGGCUGUUGAUGGGUGUUUGGGGUGGCGCUGGCGGCGGGAGGAGCUCCCCGGAGCCCCUGCGCCUCCUGCCCAUUGCUAGUUAUGGCAAAUGGUGGCGGCGGUGGCGGCGGCGGCGGCGGAGGCGGCAGCAGUCUUAGAAUGAGUAGCAAUAUCCACGCGAACCAUCUCAGCCUAGACGCGUCCUCCUCCUCUUCUUCUUCCUCUUCCUCCUCCUCCUCGUCCUCUUCCUUGGUCCAAGAGCCCAAGAUGGAUGCGCUUAUCAUCCCGGUGACCAUGGAGGUGCCGUGUGACAGCCGGGGCCAGCGCAUGUGGUGGGCUUUCCUGGCCUCCUCCAUGGUGACUUUCUUCGGGGGCCUCUUCAUCAUCUUGCUCUGGCGGACGCUCAAGUACCUGUGGACCGUCUGCUGCAACUGCGAGGACAAGAGCAAGAUGAACAAUAAGGGUGAUUACCUCAAGAAUGGGGACAAUGAAUCCAAUGCCCAGGAAGAAGGAUUAAGUUUGAAGAUUUCAGCAGAGGCCCAGAAGAUUAAUAGUGGCAUUGCUCAAUCAGAGAACACCCUCAAAUCAUUGGAUGAAAAAGAAGAGGCAGCAGAAGUUGGCUGGAUGACCUCUGUGAAAGACUGGGCGGGAGUGAUGAUAUCUGCCCAGACAUUGACUGGCAGAGUCUUGAGGACAGAGCAAGAACCAAGAGGUAGAAAUAACAGAGGCAGAUUUGGGCCCAAUAAAAGGAAGGACUUCUAAAAGUUAGAGCUGCCACAAAGGUAGACUGGCCUUCUUCAGAAUGUUAUGAGUUGUUUGAACAAGGACUCAUUCAUCAGUUGUCAGGAAUGUUAUUGAGGUGAUUUGUUUAUCUCAUCUAAGAUUUGAACUAGUUAACAUUGAAGGUACCUUAAAUUUAUUUCACUUUACCCAUUCAUGGUUAUGUUUUGGAUCCCAUUAUCAUACAGAAUCCCAAGGUCCUGAGCUUGAUAAAGUCUCCAACAUCAUCAGUGAAAAAUGUUCCUUUGUGGGUCCUCAGAUAUUAUUUCUUAGCUAUGUGACCUUAGGCAAGUCACUUAACCCCCAUUGCCUAAAUCCUUCACCUCUUCUACCUUGGAACUAAUAUUUAGAAUCCAUUCUAAGAUAGACAGUAAGACUAAGAUAGUAAAGACAAAAAAAAGUGUUUUGAUUCUUUCACCUAUUUACAUAAAACCUCCUUUUUUUCUAUUAUAGUAACUAGUGACCUCUUUACUCCAGUGUUCUCAGUUUAUAUCCCCUGAUAGAACUUCUUGUUUUCAUGCCUAUACUUGGUCCCAUGGUCUCCCAUGAAUAAUUCACUAGCAACACCCUUUAGAAUCCCUUGCCCUCACCUUGUUAAUCCUCAACAGUGGGUGACUAACCAAUCAAUUUCUCUAAUAUUGCUCCCAAGAAACAGGAUCACCAAAGAUUGAACCUAUUUCUCCCAUUAUUUAUCAUACAUAAUAUCUAGUGGGCUCUCCUUCAUAUCAGUAAUUCUUUUAUUCUUUAUUUGAUAAUAAUAACAAUUAUUGUUACUAGCAAUUUAGAUAGAUUUAAAAGUGUGUAAAGUGCUAUAUGUGUGUGUGUCUAUUCACAAAUAUAUGUAUAUAUAUUUCCAUUUGAUCUUCUCAACAACUCUUUAAGACAGAUGAGGAAACUGAGACUGAGAGGGUAAAUAACUUGCCUAGAUUUAUAUAAUGAGCAAAUGUCUGAGGUAGGAGUUGAACUCAGGUCUUUUUGAUGGAAGUUCCCCAUUCUACCCACUCUGCCCCACCUGGCUGCCUAGCUGAUGCCUAUCACAUUUUUCAGGGGACACUUUCUCAAACCGUUUUCUCUCCAAAGGCUUGACUUCACUCCUAUCCUAGAUGCAACCUUAUAUCUUACUUUGCUGAAAAGAUUGAGUCCUCCUAAUGGAAACUUCCUUAACUUCCCCCCUCUCCCCCAAUACUUACUGGCACAUUUAUCCAUUUUCCCCCUUUCUUCUUUUCAGUUCACUCCUUCUUUUCUAGUUUUUCCUCUGCUUCCUGGAUUUUAUGUAUUACCAAAGGGCCCUGCCUUAUCUUUUCUUUGUUUCUCUUUAUAUGCUACCUCCCUUAGCAAAGCCAUUCUCCCCCACAGCUUUAACUCCUAUGUCUAUGCAAUCUGCUCCCAAAGAUGUGUUUUUUAAAAUAAAUGUUUAUUGGCACUUUUACAGCACCUACGUUCCCAGAUGUAUGCUUCUCUGCCCCCCAACUCCAGAGACCCAUUCUUUACAAUAAAAAAAUAUUUUAAAGAAAACAAUUCAGCAAAAAUAGCCCACAUAUAGAAAAUGUCUCAUUGUAUAUGCAGUUUUACACACCCAUAUUCUCCCACCUUCCACAGAGAGGUAGGGAGGUGCAGCUGUCUUAUUUCUCAUUUUGUGAUGCAUAUGUUUUUCUAGUUCUGACUCUCUUCUGAGCUGUAGAUCCUUAUCUACAAAUACCUUUAGGCCAUCUCCCACUGGGUGUCUCAUUAGGACCUCAAACUCAACAAAUCCAAAGCCAAAAAGGCAUUUCCCUAAAGCUGAUGCUUCUUCACUAUUUCUUUUUGUGCCAUUAAAAUCAAUCAGUUUAUCACCAAGCAUCUAUUAGCUCCCACUAAUACCAGGCACUGUGCCAGAUACUGGAGAAACAAAGAGAAAAAUGACUCAGUUCCUGAUUUCAGGAACUUCCAUUCUGCCAGAAGAGACAUGUACAAUAGCAUAUUUGUGAAAUAUAGGCAGAUAGGGAUGGGACCUGCGAUUUUAUUACUGUAUGAAACUCCCAUAUGAGGAAACUCUCUCCUCUGAUAUGGAUCAACAUCUUCUUUGCAACUAAUAGUUACAAAGAAUUGCAUAUAGAACUUGGAGGUUAAAUAACUUGCCUAGAAUCACAUAGUAUGUAUCAGAGGAGAAAAUAAUUUAAAAACUUUAUUUUAUUAAAUAUUUCCCAACUUUAUGUAAGCAUUUUUAACAUUCAUUUGUUAAAGUUUUGAGUUCUAAAUUCUCACUCCCUUUCUCCUGCCUCUCCCCCCUUGAGACAGCAAAUGAUAUAUCAAUUAUAUGUGUAAAGUCAUGCAAAACACAUUUCCAUGUUAGCCAUGUUGCAAAAACAAAUGCAUACAUAAAACAAGAAAAAUAAAGAAAGUAAAAAAAAGUUUGCUUCAAUCAGAAUUCAUCAGUUCUCUUUCUGGACAUGAAUAACAUUUUUCAUCAUAGAUCAUCAUCUUGAUCAGAGUAGCUAAGUCUUUCCCGGUUGAUAAUAAUCCUUACAACAAUACUAUUGCGGUAUAUAGUGUUCUCCUGGUUCUGCUCACUUCAUUCUCCAAUUACUUCAUAAAAGUCUUCCCAGGUUAUUCUGAAACCAUCCUGCUUGUCAUUUUUUAUAGCACCAUAGCACUCCAUCACAACCACAUACCACAGCUUGCUCAGCCAUUCCUCAAUUGAUGGGCAUCCCCUCAAUAUCCAAAUCUUUGCCACUACCAAAAAAAAAAAACUGCUAUGUGUUUUUGUACAAAUAGAUUCACCCCUCCCCCCCCUUUAAGAUCUUAUUCAUGUAGAGAUGUAGUGGUGGUAUUGCUGGGUCAAAGGGUAUGCACAGUUUUAUAACCUUUGGGCCAUAGUUCCAAAUUGUACUCCAGAAUGAUUGGACAGCGUGUUACUAUCCUAAAUUUUUCACAUACCUUUCAGCGUUUGUCAUUUUACUUUUCUAUGAUGUUAGAAAAUAUAAUAGGUAUGAGAUAUUAGUAUUUCUUUAAUCAAUAGUGAUUUAGAGUGUUUUUUUUAUGUCACUAUUGAUAUCUUUGAUUUCUUCUGAAAACUGCCCUUUGACCAUUUCUUAUUUGGAGAAAUGUCCAUUUUUAUAAAUUUAGCUUAGUUCCCUUUGUAUUUGAGAAAUUAGGUUAACAGAAAAACUUGCUAUAGAAAAUUGCCUAGUUUUCUGCUUUUCUUCUAAUUUUGGCUGCAUUGUUUUUAAAAAAAAUAUUAAAAAUCUAUUAAAAUCUUAAUUCAUGUAACAAAAAAUUACCCAUUUUACUUCUGUGGUCUUCACUGUCUCUUUUUUUGCUCAUAAACUCUUCCUCUAUCUGAUAGGCACAUUUUUGCAUGCUCCCCUAAUUUACUUAUAUCCCUCUACAUCUAAGUCAUUUAUCAAUUUUGACUUUAUCUUGGUAUAUAUGGUAUAAGGUCUUGGUCUAUGUCUAGCUUUUGCCAAACUACUUUCUAGUGGUGAAAAUAAUUAAUGGUUGGGGAAAUCCGAGAAUGAUUUGUAUAGAAGGUAGCAUUUGUGCUAAGUUUUGAAGGAUUGAAAGAGGCCUUCUAGGAGUUAGAAGUGAGAAGAAAGUGAAUUCUAGUCAUGGGGAAAAGUCAGUGUAAAGGUAUGAAGACAGAAGAUGGAGUGACCAAGAAGGUCAAACUGGUUGAGUCACAGAGUACAGGAAGGGGUGUCAUGUUUAACAAGGCUGGAAAGUUAGGUUGUGCCUCAUCUCUUCCUUCUCAGAUCAAAUCCAUUAACUAGUUUACUGCUAAUCUCCCCCUUUCUUGGUUUCUACAGCUACUGCCCCAAAUAUAGCCUUGUGUUAGACUAUGCCCAUACCAUUUCAAGGGCUUCCUAAGAGGAUACCAUUUUUAGGCUCUUCCCUCUACAAUUUAUUCUUGGAUCCCUAGCCAGAGUGAUUCUUCUUGAAUGCUGAUCUCUUCUUAAAAAUGAGGAGAGCCUAAAGCCAUCUAGCAUAUUAAUGAUAGGAUUAGAAAUAAGUUUUUUCUUCUUUUUUUAAUCUCCUAGUUUAGUGCUCUCUCCCUUCUAUAUUCCAUCCCUGACCUGAACUAAAUAUCUCUUAUGAUUCAUUUCCCCAUAAGCUACUGGGCUCUUGGCUGUUGUAUUUUGACAUUACUUUGUUUUAAAUUAAUUAGGUCCUGUGGCUUCUUGGCCUGACUCUUAAUAUUUGCUUAUGCUGACAUUGCCUGCGCACAUGUCCAGGUUCACUACUAUGCAGUCUGCUAGUUGGUCUCUUUGGAAAAAAAAAUCUCCAUCAGGCUAGGCUGAAACUUUUUUCCCCUACAAGCUCACAGAAACAUAACAUUUCCCAGCUAGAUAGGACCUCAGAAAUCAUAGGAUCAUACUAUCAUAGACUUUAGAGAUGUAUAAAGCCUUAGAGAUUAUCUAAUCCAAUCACCUCCUAUUUGUAAAUUAGGAAACAAGCCUAGAAAUGGUAUACAAUUUGUCUAGAGCCCCAUAAUUAGUUCAAGCCACAGCCCAGGGAAUUUAAGCCUAUGAGUCCCUUCUCAGAAUCCUGGUUUUAAAAAUGGAGGGAAAUGCUAAAUUUUAGUUAGAGGAAAUGAAGAUGUCAUAUUUUUCCUCUUACAAGUUCACAGAUUCUUUGAAUAUAAGCGUAGGUCAGUGUGCCCUAGGUUAAGAAUCUUUGCCUUAAAAGAAGGCAAGUUUUUGUUGUGAAUUGAGAAAUGAAUUUCAAUAGAGGUCUUGGCAAGGGGGCCAGAGGCAUUUCUUUCAGAAAUGCUGCCUUUCACACAUACAGAGUUGUAUUUAUCUAGAGUUGUCCAAAUGUUUAUCCUUGUAACAACAGGCAGACAGAAGCAAGAAGAGUUGGUAGGAGUCAGAUUUUCCCCUUUCAAUUUUUAAUGUGUUUUCCUUCAUGCAUGGCUCAGCUUUAACAUCUGGCCUCUUUCUGACUCAACUUGUGGCUACAGAGUUGCUGCCCCCAGCUGGGUGCCCUGGCUACAGGCGUUUUGGGGAGCAAAGCUCCUCUAGGGAGAGAUUCUUUGAGACAACCUUGGAAUCCAUUGAGUUGAAGUCCCACCUCUGACAUGUACUGAAGUUGUGACUGUAUCACACUUCUUUGCUCAGGAUUUCCAGGGAUUAAAAAGUGUGCACACAAGUGAGAGUAUUAAUUAAGCUCAAAUGAGAAGGUUAUUUAUAUUAAUAAGCAAUAUGAGAGGUUAUGUAAAUAUUAUGACUUUGCAAAUUUUCAGUCUUUCCAGAAACCAUCCCUCCAGGGGUAAGGUUUGUCUCUUCUUAAAUAUAGUUCAAACCCUUUUGUAUCUCUGAGCUCAGGGGGGCUGCUUCUUGGAUAACAGAUCUACAGUUGUGUCUUUACUCAUUCCGGGAGUCCUUGACGGAACCUGCCAGAUAGGGCUUGCAUUCUAUUGGGGUAGCCUUUGGAAACCUGGAGUCACCUCUAAGAGACCUCACAUGCUUGAUGCAAGACUCUAGUAGAGAAGUCAAAUGGCAGCCAUGAGAAUCAUCCACAUUGAUAAAGUGGUUUACAAACCUUUCAUCAAAACAGCCUGGCGCACAAAUAUUCUUAGCAUUGUCAUCCCUAUUUCAGGGAUGAAGAAACUAAGGACUGGAGAAAUACAACGCCUUGCUUUUGCUUACAUAAAAGGUAAAUGUAAUAGGUGGCAAUGAAUACCAAGUUUUAGGGCUCUAAGACUCCUGGCCAUUCCAUACCAUUAACCAGCUCCUCCUUUCUAAAUAGCCCACCAUAACUAACAGCUGUAGUUUUUCCAACAAAGGAAUAAUAUCCAUUAACAGUGAUCAAUACUGUUGAAUCUCCCAUUACUCUAAGAACCUUAGAUGUCAUGAAAGACUGUAGAAGUAUGAAGACUGGAAGUUCUGCAUAUCCAGUGUUUGGAUUACAUCAGAAGCUGCAAUAGGUCUAGGGUACUUUGGGUAGCUGGGCAGCUAGGUGGAACAGUAGAUAGAGUUCAGACUUGGAUCCAAGAAGACUCAUCUCUUGAGUUAAAAUCUGGCCUCAGAUAUUACUAGCUAUGUGAUCCUGUGCAAGUCACUUAACCCAAUUGGUCUCAGUUUCCUGAUCUAUAAAAUGAUCAGGAAAGGAAGUGGAAAUAGCAAACCAUUCCAGUGUCUCUGCCAAGAAAAUUCCAAAUGGGGUCAUGAAAAAUAGGAUAUGAGUGAAAUUAUUGAACAACAACAAAAAUGGCAGCAGCACUGUGUGUAGCAUGGAUCUGUAUUCCAUUCUCUGAGACAGAAACCAACAAACUCCUCCCUUCUUUGUGGGGAUGAGAAAACUCAUUUUUUCUGUUAGUAUUUCUAUAGUGAGUGAGUUUAUUGUUCUUUAAAAUCUGCUUUUUGAUUAUAAAUUCCUUCAUAUUAGAUCUUUCCAAAUUUAUUUUUUAUACUAUUAUUGAUGUCUCUACUAUCAUCAUGCUUAUCCCAAGUAUUCUCCCUUUCCCUUCUCCUUCCCCUCUCAUAUAACAAAUUGUAUAUUUUUGGAAAGGAAAAAAAAUCAGCACAACAGAUUGAAACUUUGGAAAAGUCUGAACAUCUAUGCCUUAUGUAACACCUGUGGACCUUCUGACAUCCUGAAUGGGUGGUUUGGAAGUGUCUUCUCAUAUCUCUUUGAGUUCUCCUUGAUCUUUAAAAUUGUAUUACAUUUGCUUUUGAUUUUGGAGGAGUAUAGUGGUUCUCUCCAUUUAUAUUUCUGGAGUUAUUAGGUAUAUUAAUACCAAUACUCUUAACAAGAUGAGAUGAUCAGUAUACUUCUAACGGGAGGCAGUGAGAGAACAUGCUUUCUGCCAUUUCAUACAAUAGAAAGUCACCAACUUAAAGAUGGUAUCAAGUUUCUUAUAGGGAGCAAAGAACAAGAUUCAGGAAUAGGAGUAGAUGUGUAAUUAGUGUGGGGUGACCAGAGAUCUGUCUCAGUGUGCCAUCAGUAGCCUAGGAAAAACUAUCUAGUUUGCAAGACUAAUUACUGAAAAUAAGAAACUACUGGUUGGCACAUGCUUCUCUGUCUCUCAGCAGCCACACCUAGUAAAGUCCCCCUUGUUCCCCAGCCCUGACUCUCACACCUCUCUUCAACAUUUCCCCAAACAAUUCUCCUGAGUUACCUUAAAGGGUUCCACUUGAAUGGAGGACAUACUUUAUGCCUUUUGCCCCAGACACAAAAAAAUGCUUGUUAUAGCCCUGAUGGCCAUUUAAAAGAUCUUAGGUGGCACAAUGAAUAUAAAGCUCCAGGUCUGAAGUCAAGAAGUCAUCUUCUUCAGUUCAAACCAGCUUUAUACAUUUACUAGCUGUGUGCAACCCUAGUCAAGUCUCUUAACUCUGUUUGCCUCAGUUUUCCCAUCUGUGAAAUGAUCUGGAGAAGGAAAUGGCAAACCACUCCAGUAUCUUUGCCAAGAAAACCCCAAAUGGAGUCAUGAAGAGCUAGACAUGACUGAAACAACUGAACAGCAACAAUAGACACCUCAGGGCUGGUUUUGACACUAAAUUGUGUAAUAUUGUUCAAAUCACAUUACCUCCUGGGCCUUAACUUCCUUAUCUCUACAGUAAGAGAGAUUGGAUUAAAUAAGGUUCCCAUCAAGCUUUAGAACCUAUAUUAGUCUGUAUUAACCAUAUUUUUUAAACCUUAACUCAACAUAAAUUCAUAUUCAAAGGCUGCUAGCCACAACUGGUACCUGCUCCUUUAUAGUCUUGACCUAUCUCAUUCAUAUAUUAAAAACAAACAAACAAACCUGAGCUUAAUAUAGACUUAUUUGAGCUUUAGAACUUUUUGAGAAUAAACAUUUAUUUCAGAGACAGCUGAAGCUCCUUUACCCUCUCAUUUUCUCCCAGGGUCUGACUCCUUGGACUAGGGUGAGAUUGGGAGAGGCAGCGAAGGAGCACUAUUCAAGGAUAUCUCUAUUUAGAGAUAUCAAGGAGAAUAAGAGAGAAUCAAUCCUAUAAUCUCAAGAAAGAGCUCCAAUUCAUUUCCUGCUCCCCAAAUUUCUCUUUUUAUUAUAAACUCUGGACUUUGCACCUAUGGGCUUCUCCAAGUCCCUGGAAUUCAUUUCUACUAUGCUGCAUGGAAUCAUUAGACCUACGGGACCAUAGAGGAUUGGUUUCUCUCUAAUACAUACUAGUUGUGUGGCCCUGAGCAAGACACGUAACCUCUAAAUUAAAUUUCUGGGGGAAAUUAUCCUCAUUGGUAGUUCCCUUCACCAGUGAAAUCAUAGGUCUGACAUGAAAGUUGCAUGGCAGUUUCCUAACAUAUAACAUUAAGUAAUACUUUCAGCUCUGAAAAGUACUUUGCUUAUAUUGUCUCAUUUGAUCCUCACAACAACCUGGGAGGUAAGUGAAUUAAGAGAACAGGUACUCCCAGUGAGCCCUAGGGCACUUUCUGUGAAGUAGUCCUUCCUCCUUGUAAUAGAUGUUCACCCCAGAUCUCCUAUAGUGGUGACCUCUCUUUUUGCUAUUACCCAUCCUUUUCUGGCAUCUUGGCUACCUGGAUUCUUCCUAGCUCUAGGUGAGGAACAAAAGAAGCCCUUCUUUCCUUCACAUAACCAAGGCAUGGAAGGGUUAAAAUUGAGCCAAAUUAUAUGAAUGACAAUAUAAGGUAUAACAUUUAUUUGAUUCUUAAGUUUACCUAGAUGGAAAGUUUUUUUCUCUCAUUCUUUUUGACCCUGUCUACUGGGGGAUUAUAAAUCCCCCCUCUUUAACCUCUCUGAGUCCUAACCUUACCCUUUGCCAUUUUAUAGCACUGGAGUGCUUAAUCCCCAUCUCUCAUGUUGCCAUGCCUGUCCUGACACACUCCUCUCAAAUCCCUGGGUUUGCUUUUUUCUCUUUCAGACUGUUCUUGCCACCAUUGCCACUGGCCCAAUGGCUUCCUUUCUAUCACAUUUAUGAAAAUGUGAUUUGAUAGUCUCCCUUUUCUGUCAUUUUGCUAGUUAAACCUUUCCCCAGCUAUCUCAAAUAAUACUUCAAGAACUAUUACAACUAAUUUAACUGAAUGGAAAUAGACUUCUUUUGUUUCCAUUGUGGGGAGAAAUUAAGGGUUGGGACUUCCUUUCCCCACCCAGACAGACAGACAGACAGACAAAAUACUCCUUAUUCCUCUAAACACAGGCUACUUUGAAUCUCCAUCUCUCUCUGCUAGCUCUUCUAUUUAUCUCUUGAUCCAUUCAUCUAUCUAUAUAUCUAUGUAUCUACAUAUCUACAUAGCUAUUUAUCCAUCCAUCCAUCUAUCUUAUCUAUCUAUCUAUCUAUCUAUCUAUCUAUCUAUCUAUCUAUCUAUCUAUCUAUCUAUCUGUCUGUCUGUCUGUCUGUCUGUCUGUCUGUCUGUCUGUCUGUCUGUCUGCCUGCCUGUCUGUCUGUCUGUCUAUCUUUCUAUCCAUCACCAAUUUGUCCUGAUAUCAUAGGGCAUAAAAGGAAAUGUAUGUCAAAGACACCCUGUAAACAAUGAAAUAAUCCUGUUAGUUUAAUGGAGUUAAAUAGAUCUUCUUUCAUAGUCAGACUGUUUGCACAUGAAAUUGGGCCCCUUGAAUAAAGGCAAUAUGCUUAAUCAAAUAUCGGAAACAUUCUCAAGAUAUUCAUUUGACUUUUCCUUUUAGGUAACUUUCGUGGGGUGUGUUUUUUCCUUCUGCUGUUGUCUUUGAGCCUUCUUUCUAGGAAGACCUCUUGACAAAACGGUGCACAAUUCUGUAGUGCUAUCUCAUCUUAGAGCUGGCAGAGACCCCAGAGGGUUUAUAAUCUCAUAUACUUAUCUAUAGGUGAAGAAACUGAGCUCCAAAGAGGGGAUGUGACUUUUCCAAGGUCAGAUGGUAAGAUCAUGGUAGUCAAUAAACCUGAGUUUAAUCCAGCUUUGCCAUGUGCUUGCUUUUUACCUUGGGCAAGUUAUUUGACUUCUGCAGAUCUCAUUUUCCUCAUCUGUAAAGUGAUGGGGAAGACCCCUUCCAAUUUAAGUUCUAGAUGCUAUGAACUGUAGUAACCAUUCAAAACUAUUUUUAUCAGAUUAUUUUUUUUUCAUAUUUUAGGUAAAUAUAGGUAAAAUUCACACACAAUGAAUGAAUGAAAAAAAUAUUAAGCACUUAGUAUGUGCUAUGUACAGUAUUUUGCUAAAUGCUUAGAACAGGGAUAAGGUCUGGACUUGGGGUUUCAUUGGGAAAAGAGAUUCCCAGGUGAAUAAACAACUCUCGGUAUUGGCACACUUCAGCACUUUUUCUGCAACUCAUAGGUUAUAAAGCACCUAGUACACUCAGAGGUUAAGUGGUUUGCCCAAGGACCUAGAGUCAAUACACAUAAAUGUCAGAGAUGCAAUUGUUCCUUGAAUUCAAGGCUGGUUUUCUAUCUACCCUGAGAUUUUGGGGAUAUUAACAUCCACCCAUCCAUCCAUCCAUCCAUCUAUCUAUGUAUCUAUCUAUGUAUCUAUGUAUCUAUCUAGUAAUUGAAGGCAAUUAUUAGAUAUUUUUCUAGUAAUGGCAGUAAAAAUUUGAUUACUAUUUCUGGAUAGUAAGGGAGUGAUGGGUGUGUACAGCCACAUGGCAUGAGGAUAGCCAGGGAACAACAGAAAUAACACGGUGGGUCUGGGUUGGGGUAGUUGUGGUGAAUAUUCACUAAGGGCCUGGGCAGGAACCUGAGAACUGAGUGAGAGGUGCAGGCUAGAUCACAGGAAUAUGGCAUGAAAAUAGCCAGAAUAUUCUGUACAGAACACUCCCAUCAUACACUGUGUAUAAGAGAGUCGUGACAUCCAGAAAUGGCUCUGUCUUAGCAAAAAUAUCUCACAUGGAAGGAGUGUGUCUCACUUUACAAGGUACAUAUGUUCCUGAAAAAUGGUGUGUCAACUGAUCUUUUGUAUACUGAAUCCAAAUUAAAACUACUUAUUUAUAAGAAUUUUACAGUAAAUCAUUUUCUAGGGGGAGUAAUUGCCCCCUAAGUUAUUUUUAGUGUAAAUGUAGAUUUUUCAUAUUGGGGAUAUGUUUAAAAUGAGCCACACCUCAUUGUCCUAUCUUAUAGGGCAAUGAAAGGAAUGUGUGUAAUAUUGUGAUAUGAAUCUCCAGUGGAUUACAGCUCACAUUUCAUUGAUGCUAGGAAUCCAGAGGAAGUAUGGUAUUGCACAAUUAAAAAGAAUGCUAGGUUUGGAGUCAUAGGAUUUGAGUUUAAACCUCAUCAUUGCCCCUUGCAACCUGUCUCACCUUGGGCAAGUCAUCUAAUAUUUUUGAUCCUUAGUUUCCUCAUCUGUAAAAUGAGGAAUUGGACUUGAAGGAUUCUGGAGUCCUUUCCAGUUCUAAAUCUGGUACCUAGUAAGCAACCAGUAAGUAUAGAUUAAAAAAGCUAAGUUCAGAAAUAUCUUACUCUCUAUAUGUUUAUAUUCUAUAAGGGAAGAGAAUGUGUGCUGUCUAUUGGUCUCUCUGUCUCUCUUUCUCUGUCUGUUUGUCUGUCUGGCUCUCUCUAUCAUCAUUUCUCUAAAGCAUUUACACAGAUUAUACACAGUGACUACCAAGUAUUUGGGAAGAAGAAUACUAAAAUUAUUUGGGGUGUUUUAGUAAAGUGUUCACAUCAAAACUAAUCAUUGGGAUGAGGUGUUUUUUUUAACUCUUACCUUCUCUCUUAUAAUUGACACUUAUCAGUACCAAGGCAGAAGAGUACCUAGGUAAUUGGAAUUAAGUGACUUUCCAGGGUCAUAGAGCUAGGAAGUGUCUGAGAUAAGAUUUGAACUCAGAACUUCUGUCUCCAGGCUUGGCUAACUGCCCCUCCUCGGAUUGAGUUUUGACAAAAACUAGGGAUACAAAGAGGUAGAGAUAUGAAGGGAUGCAUUCCAGGAAUGAAGAAGAGCUUGUACAAAGCCAUGAAAGAAAGAUGGAGUAUUUCAUGUGAGAAACAAGAAAGCCCUCUUAGUUGGUCCUUAGAGUGUCUGAAGGGGAAUAAUAUAUAAUAAACCCAGGAAAGGUAGAUUAGAAGGGUUUUUAAUGCCACCCCAAAGAGAUUGUAAUUUAUCCUAACUAUAACAGGGCAUUCUGGAGUAUUGAGGAAUAGUAUGGCCAUACUUGUACUUGAGAGCUAUGUUGGAAGAUGGAUUGCAGAGAUGAAAGACAGGAAGACUAAUUAGGAAAUUACUGUAAUAGUCCAAGAAAGAACAGAUGAGGACCUAAACUAAGGUGGCUGCCAUGUUUGUAGAGAGAAGAGAAUAAAUGUGGUGGUAAAAUUGGUAAGAUUUGGUGACUAAUUAUAAAGAUGCAAGAAAGGAGAGUGAGGAGCUAAAGAUGACACUGAAUUUGUGAACUUGGGAAAAGGGGUAGCACCCUUGACAGAAAUGGGAAAUGCCAUAGGACAUACCAGUCAAUAGCAUAGAUUGUGACCAAUCUAUCUGUUCCUUCUCAUCCAAAGAGAUGCACCCCAGCUCAUCUGUCUUUCUCUAUAGCUUUUAACAUUUGUUGAGUUUUUCUGUUAUCUGAAAGUGACUUAGCAUGUGUGUGACUGUGUGCUUCUGAUGGAGAUUGUAUGGGUCUAUGGGAAGAGAAAACUGUUUGCAUCCUCUUGUAGAAUGUUAAUAUUAAUUUGUACCACUUUUUGGCCCCCAAAAUAGCCUUUUUAUUUUAAAGCUUAAAAAGUUUGAUUUUAGGAGGGAAGCUCUAACUGUCCCUGCCCAAGGAUUGGGUUGGGCCUUUCCUUCUUUUGUCUUUGUAAAGGACUGGAAGGGUAGAGACCAGAUCUUGUUUACUUGUAAACAAGGACUCUCUGGGAUGGUGAAAUAAUUAAAUGAGCUAGACAGACUCUUUUGAGGAAGAAUGCACAUGGUCAGGCAGCUAUCCUUAAUGCCCAGUAAUUGCUCUUGGUAUCCAGGAGACCUGCCUCUUGUCCAGAUUGAUGUCUGAAUCCUCUAAUCAAAGAGACUCUGGAAAAGAACCUUGCAAAGAGUAUAAAUUGACAGAGGGGACAGUAAGUCAUGGCCUUUUCUGAGAAUCAUGGACUCAGGAAUGCAUGAGGUCUGGCUCUGGGCUGAUUCAGACUGCUUGUGGAGUAGGUAGCUGGAAGCCACCAGGAGCCAAGAGUCUCUCUAUCUCUCUCUCUCUCUCUCUCUCUCUCUCUCUCUCUCUCUCUCUCUCUCUCUCUCACACACACACACAUACUUUUCUCUAUUUAACAAAUAAUUAUAAAAUUAAGAUAUGGUUUCCAGAGGAUUUUAAUCACUACACCCUUAAGUUGCUUGAAACCUGACCAAAUCCCCAAUACACAGAGAAGAAAACUGAGGUAUAGACUUACUAGACUUUCUUUCUAAGUCCCAUAGGAGCCCACUUAAGCUUUCACUCUUCUUAGUGUGUAGAUUCCCCCAAAUCCUCCAUCCCCCAACUUCUAUGUUGGCUAUCUCAAGAAGCUCAAACUGGGUUAAAUGGAUGGAUAAGAAAGGCACUCAUUAGACGAUUAUCCUCCCCCUUCCCAACGUCAGAAUCCUCAAGGGUUCCAUAGCCUUCUUAAUUCAUGCUGAUUGGCUGAGUUUUCCUGUGAGUUUUGUAAAGAGUAGCUGCUAUUUUUAUUAGCUUCUUCUGUUGGCCUCUCUACACCACCAGGCUCCAGAAGUUGUGGUGGAAACUGGAGAGAAGCUCAGAAAUCAGUCCUCUGGAAUGGAGAAUGGAAAGAUUCCUGCCUGCCAGUGAGAUAGGCUGCUCCAUCCAUGCUGGUCACUUCUGGCAUCUAAGGCUUGCAGCACAGCAAGCAAAGCACACUCAUUCCUGGAGGGCUCCUGUAAGGAGCCCCCCAGGGUAGACUCAAGCUCUUUCUUUCCUCAUUUCUUUUUAGUAUUUCCUUUCCCCUCAUGUAUUUGAUCUUCCUUCCAUCUCACCCUCCAUUCCUCCCUUCUACUCAUCCUCUCUUUAUUAUCUGUUAAAGGAAACAUAGUCAAUGAAAAGCGUUCACCAUUUUAUGAGUUAUUGGUCCUGUGAAGGAAAUGGGACUGGUGAGGAGAUGAACAUGAAGCCUCCUAUGGUGUCAGAGAAGGGACACUGAUCUAUAAUAAGAAUAAUAAUUGUCCACAUCUACAUAUCAUCUCAAAAUUUUCUCACUUGGUUCUCAUAAUAGUCCCGGUGAAAUAUAGGUGCUUUUUAAUCAUCUGUUUUUAUAGAUGAGGCAAAGAGAGGUAAAAUGGCUUGGGGUCACACUGCUAGUAAGUCUCCAGACACAAGACUUGAACUCAGGUCUUUCUGACUGCCAGUCCAAACCUUCUCUUUUACUAUGCUUUGCUACCUGUGCAGAUCUGGCUAAACCCAAAGGUUUUCAUAGGAAUAGUCCUGUUAGCUCUGGGCAAAUAAUGGCUGAGAAGGUCUGGAUGACCAGAGGAGAGGGUCCCAGACCAGCCAACCAAUAGUGUUUGCUUCACAGACACUUGAUUGGAGCCAGAUCAGGCUUUACAUUCUAUGAGCCUCACUCUCGAUAGGCUGACUCAUGGUGAGUUGAGCCAGGAAAUUCUCACUCCAUGAAGCCUCUGAGAGCUGGCAUAGAGCCGGGGGUGGUUAGAAAUUGGCAUCAAAUCUGUACAUUGUAGAUGGUAUGUGUCACAGGAAAUCCUUCACCACAGUGACCAAUGAAUUAUGUGGAAAGGAGGAGAAAUGAAAUCUCUAUCUUCCUCUUCACUAAACCUGGAGUAACAAAGAUGGGCAGUGAUGGGUUUGGGGGGAUUACCGUGUAGUGAGCUGCAUUUUCAUUAGUUGUGCUAAAUGUGAUCCUGGAGAACCCGGACCAUGUGUACAAUGAAAGAAGGAGAAAAGUUGGAAACCAUCAGAAGGCUAACCAGCACUUAGCACAGCAGUUCCUGGAACUUAAUAAAUGCUUGUUGACAGAUUGACUAACGGACUGGUCUUUGGGGUGCUUGGAUUUUGCUAUGUAACUAAAUUUAUUUCCCCACCAAACAUUUUCAGGGACACAAACAACUCAUUAAGACUUCAAGAUAACUAUUUAUUGCCCUGAAUUGCACAAAACAAAAUCAAAGAGGGCUCAAGAGACCUGAAGGUGAUAAAGACUCCUCUUAUAUCAUAUUUGCCAUGUAGUUUAGUAGGUAAAAGCAUGGCAUUUUUUUUGUUUUUAUAUGAGAUCUGUGAUUUUAUUGACAUAGAGCAGUAGUUCUCAAACUUUCCCUUUAUAGCCUUAAAAAUUAUUGAGGACCUCUAAGUCACUUUUAUUUUUGUAGGUUAAACUAGAAGAGUGGUGGUGAAUGUUUAAUGACCAGCUCUCUCCCCAAAUUGAAUAUGUUCUGAAGUUUUUAGUCUUCAUUUAGAACAUUUUCCCCAUAAUUUUUUAAGCCUAGACAACAAACAAAAUGAUAAAUUAAAUCCUAAUUUAUAGACUUUGCCUAUUUUGAGGUCUAAAUGCUUACAAUGAACAUUUAACAACUGGCUCUCACAAGUCAGUUGGAUCUGGCUCCAGCACACCACUUAUAUUUAACAAGAGAUACCAUAAUAGAAAUUAAAAUGUUUAAGUAUUACUAUAAACAUAGUUUUGACAAGAACCUUGUAAAAAGGUUCUUGGGAACCUCCAGGGGUCCUCAGACCCACAAUUAGAGAAACAUUGAGAGCUCCUGAUAAGGAAAUUCCUUUGCCUUUAUAACUCUUAAGUUUUAGAGAGUUGUCUGGGUCUUUAUAUGGUAAAGGAACUUGCCUAGACUUACAGAAGCCAGGAUGGACCAAAGAUGAGAUUUGAACUCAGGCCUUCCUGACUCUGAGGCCAGCUUUCUAUCUAUUUUACUGCCCUGACCCUCAUAGAGCAUGGCUCUAAGGAUGCCAAAGUGUGGGCUUUCUUCCCUACAUGGACCCCUCAUUUUCAUUCUAUGGACACUGGAUCCUUUAGUGAGAAGUAAUAGGAUUUGCAGUAGGCAAGAGCCUUAGAAACCAUCUUCUUGAAACUCCAUAUUUUAGAAGUGAGGAGAUUUGGGGUGAGGGAGCUGAAGAGACUAGAUAAUGAUCAUAGAGGAAGUAGGUAACAAAUAUGUGUUCCGAACCAAGGUCCUCUGUCUUGCCAUCCUGUGUUUCUUCCUUUACACCAGUGUUGACUAUUGUUCCCAAGAAAGAAUGGGCAAGAGCUCAGUAUGGCUCUUCCUCAGUACUAGUGAAGCAGGUGUGUGCCUUUUAGAUGAUGUGUUUGUGAGGUUAUCCAAUAAUGCAAUAAAACAAUAACCUUUCAUGUUGGGGGCGGGGAAAGAGCUUUGUUGAUCUCAAUCCCCACCUCAUCCUGAAGGUGAUUUUGCUUACAUUUCAGUAGCUUCUAAUGGCAUUUAAAAAUAUCCAGAUGAACCGAGAUUUUCCAUUGUAAGUUUCCAAUUCAAGAAAGUUCUUUAGCUGCAAGACUCAAAAAUAGAGAGAUGAUGAUGACUCUGAUGUCAACAAUUAUUGGAACCCAACUCACAUGUGCUUGGAAAAAUCACACUCGGGACCAUAAGAAGGCUUAUGUUACCAAGUUUAGUUUACUAAGUUUAGGAGGAGGCAGGCUGACUCGUGACUGGAGAACUGAAAUGUCCAACCAAGUUUAGUGUACCAGAAAGUCCCAUUUUUAGAGAAUGGGUUGAACCAAAGCCAUUCCAUAAAAAAAAGCUUUUCUUGAAAAGUCAGGAAUUCACAAUUUACUCUAAAUAUUUUGUUGAAAGGGAACAUUCUUCCUUUUCCAUUUAUUCAGGAGAUAAGAUACAUAAAAACUUUUAAAAAAGGACUAAAGACCCCUAAGUGUCAAGCAUAUCAGCUCUUCCAGUUGGCCAUUUUUGUAGUGGUCACUUGGAUCCAAAUGAUGCCAAGAUAGGAUUUUAUUGGGCCAUCCAACAGGAGAACCAAUGUACAAUCCAGCAAGAAUGUAGUACUCUAUUGACAUAACAGUUAAUCCCAGUUUCUUUCCAAAUGCAUAAAGCAUAGCCAGGCUUAGUUAAGAAUCAAAGCAUCUUAGAACUAGAUGAAACUUUUUUGUUGUGGUCAUUUUCAGUCAUGUUUUAUCCUUUGUGACACCAUUGUGACCCCCAGAGAUACUAGAGUGGUUUACUAUUUCCUUCUCCAAGAUGAGGCCUUAGAGAUUAUCUGGUAAAAUCUGCCCAUUUGCCUGAUGAGAACACUGAGAUUUGCAGUGGUAGCAUAGCUUACUUUAGGUUUUGGGUUGUAACUGCAGAGAUACAUGCAGGGAAUAGAAUCUAGGUUUUCUGACUCUAAUUCUGUCCUCUCCAAUUCUGUCAACUUACAGUUGAAGAAACUGAGGCACCAGGAAUAAAAGAAGCUGUCCCUGGCUUUCUGGAAUUCCUUGCUUAUUAAGAAUUAUAUCUGACAAUAUGGCUGAAGAUUAUGAAUUGUAAAUUCUUUCACAUUAAACAAGGAAUGAACUUUAGUGUGUUUUUUUUAUGUUAAAAGCUGGCCUUUUCCCAUACACAUUUCCAUAUUCUGCCUUUUUAUUUUUCUUAUUCAACUUUUAAGUGAAAUUGAGCUUUCCCCCUUCCCAAUGAUUUCAUGGGUACAGACCAUGAAAAUGUGGGGCUUGGCUGAGGAAGUAGAGGGGACACCAUUAGGGAAUAGGACCAAGGGAACCAUUUCUUCGAAUGGGAAAUGUUGGAGAAAAAAGGGCCUCUAUCCCACCACUUCCAUCUCAAUUAGUCUAAAAAUAGCAAGAAAUGGUAACAGGGAGAUGAAAGUGUGGCAUUUCAAAGAGUCUUGGCUGCAGCAGCCUCUCCUCCCUGGGAGGGCUGUCUGGAAAGGUUGCUGUCCAACUGUGAGCCUGAACAUGGGUCUGGUUUCAGCUUCUCCUCUGAGGGACGAGACCCUGCGCACAGUAACACUUUCAGACCAAUGCAAGGAUAAGAUAAUGACUGCCUUGAUUAGGUGAUCCCAUUGGGAGCCCGAUAUAACCCUCAGGAUUUAGCAUUGGGCUCUCUGCCCAUGUGAAUAACCCAGCAGUGGAAACAUGGCCUCUGUGAAAAAACAGGCUGCUUUCACAAUUGCUUUUCACCAACACACGGUAUUCAUUCUAAAAUGGAAUGUAAGGAUUAAAAAAAAAAGGAAAGAAGCUUUGGCUUUUUUAUUACAGAUCUCUAGUUGUGGCAUAUGUUCUUGUAAGCUUCUGAGACGGUGCAUUGAAUGGAGCACUGGGCUGGGAGUUAGGGAGACCUGGGUUCAAAUCCUGCCUCAGAUACUUAUUAGCUCUGUGACCUUGGGCAAGUCACUUAACCUUGCCUACCUUGGUCUCCUCAUAUGUGAAAUGGGGAUAAUAAUAUCACCUGCAUUUUCAGGAUUAUUGUUAGGAUCAAAUGAGAGAAUAAUUAUAAUUAUAAACAUUUGGCACAUAAUAAGCACUAUAUAAAUGUUAUUUAUUAUUAUUAUCUUUGUCAAGUAUAGUACAGUAAGUGGUGCAGUGGAUAAGAGUGCCAAAAGAAUAAGACUGAGAUAAAAUUUGGUCUUGGACACUUAGUAGUUGUAUGACCUUAGGCAAGUCACUUAACCCUAUUGACCUCACUUUCCUCAUCUGUCAAAUGAGCUGGAGAAGGAAGUGGCAAAUCACUCCUAUAUCUUUGCAAAGAAACUCUACAUGGGGACAGGAGAGUCAGAUACAACUGAAAACCAACUCAAUAGAAAUGCUUAUUCCCUUCCCCUUCCCUUGAAGGCAGAGUCAGCAAUUGAAUUUAUGCCCCUAUUUUGGUAACAAGUAAACUUUUCUCUGGAUGAAAUUGCUUCCUUUUGAUCUGAAGCUCUGUGAGGAAAGAAGUUGUCUUAUUAUUAUUAUUAUUAUUGUUAUUAUUAUUAUUAAAUUUCAUGCCCUCAGAACCUAUUAGAUUGGGUUUCAUGGAAUACAACCUAACAAACAUUUGUGUUUUGCAUAGGACUGGAAGGAAGGGUGCUCUAUCCCCCUGUAGCUGUUACUGUUUCGUAUCAAGUGAUUGAAGACAGUAAUUAGUAUUUACCAUGUAUCAGGCAUUUUACUAAGGGCCGGGGAUACAAAAAGAGACAAAAGACAGUCCCUUUCCUCAAGGAACUUACACUCUACUGUGGGAGACAACAAACCAAUGUACACCAAUACAAGUGUACACAAACAAGAAUUUACAGGAUUAAUAGGAAAUAUGAAUAGAGGGAAGAGAUAGAAGAACUGAGGGGUUGAGGAAGAUCUUGAGUAAACAUAAGAUAUUGACUGAAACUUGAAGGAAGCUUGGAAGACUGAGUGGAAGAGGGAGAACAUCCUAGGCUUAGAAGAGGGCAAAAUCUUUCACAUUAAGCUCCUAGUGCCUUUUCUCCUUUUUUUUUGGGGGGGGAACUUGUGUGUACACACAUACACACACACACAUGCACACACACGAACAAAUGCACACCUAUGGGUAUGCUAUCUCCUCCAACAAGAUUAUAAUAAACUCCUCCAGGGUAGGGACUGUUUGGACAAUCCCCAGCACAGCAAGUGAUUGAUAAAUAUUCAUUUCUUGAUGGAAGAAACAGCAAAAUGUUUUUUGUUUUAGCUCUAUAACAAAGCAGGGCACACAAAAAGUCUUUGGGAAGUUGCUACAUGACUAAAAUUCCAUGACAAGGAAUGCCAUGGGUGACUAGUGGGUUGUCUCAGGCAAUUUGCCACUAGUAGAGUUCAUCAGAUGGAACCUUAUGUUAGGCUAACUACUUACUUAACUGGAAUGAGAGUGAAUCUCCUGCAGAGUCAUAGAAUCAAAUUCAUUAAAGAGAAGAAAAAGGGUAAUAAACAUUUUAUUAAACACCUACUAUGUGCCAGGUGCUACAUUAAGAACUUUAUAAUAAUUAUCUCAUUUGAUCCUCACAACAACCCUGGGAGGUAGAUAUUGUUAUUAUCCUCAUUUUGUAGUUAAAGCAACUGAGGCAGUCAGAGAUGAAUUGACUUGCCCAGGGUCACACAGCUGUGUCUAAAGUCAAAUUUGAACUCGAGUCUUCUUGACUCCAGGCCCACAGCUCUAUGUGCUGUGGUACCACCUAGUUGCCUUAAAAGACAUUUAUUCUGAUCCCCUCAUUUUAUAGAGGAGGACACUGAUGAACUGCCCAAGAGUCACAGCUAAAGUAAAGCUGGAUCUCAAGCAUCUUGACUCCAUGCUUAGUAUAUCCAAGUUCAUGUGAUUUAAUCUAUGUGAUUCAGCCAGUGGAGAAUUAAUUUAUAGGAGCAAGAGCUGGACUUUUGGCCUCAUUUAGGGAUCACAAGAUGUAGAGGUCUCUUCCCUGCAUCCUAACUCAUGGUAACAAUCCUAAUAUUGCUCCAGAAUGGCAUUGCAGUGCAGUGUAGUGGAAAAGUCUUCAGGUGACCUGGGCUUAAUUCCUGGUACUAAUAUUUAUUAAUUGUGGGAUCUUGGGAGAAUUACAACUUGGCUGAGCCUCACUUUCCUCAUCUGUAGAAAGGGAGAAGUAAUACUUGUACUAUCUACAGUUUUAUGAGCAUUAUUAUUAAUGCUGAGAAAAUUUCCUUGUCUUUGGAAUCUAAUGAAAAUAGGACUGAAUUUAUUUGUAUUUCUUCAUCCAUACUUUAAAAAAAGAACAUAUAAAAAAAUAAGCCAAACAGAAACCUUCCAAUAAAAGGAAGCAAAUUUGUUGACCAAUGAAAAACAAGUCCAACAUGGAUGUCCCCUGAGAGCAUUUCCAUAGAAGACUGUCCCCAAGGACUCUGUUCUAUUUGAGGUUAAGGGUCAUCUACAUUUAGCAAACCCUAUAUGGAGAAUAUAUGUAUUCCACAAGGCAUCUGCCAGAAGCCAAAAGAUAAAAAUUCCCUUCUCUGGGCUGAGAUGGAAAGAUACAGACAGAAGGAACAGAAAUAUAUAAAUAACUAGAUUCUCUUUCAUUUAAGAUUCUUUUAGAAGCAGCCUCUGGUGCUAAUUAUUUCUGCUGCAGAUUGCUGCUGCCGACCUGGAAUCCCAAUCAUUCUGCCAUAGGUGGCAUAGUUUUUGAGAUUUGAAGUGACAUGGAAAAACCAGUUCCUCUGAAAGAUAAUUUUGUUUAUAUUAAACAGACACAUUAAGCCAUUUACAAGAGAGCUGUUUGUUCUCAGUGAUCUAGAGAAAAUCUGAAUAUCUAAUCCAGAGCCCUUUAAUAAUUUUCAAAAGAAAAAACCCCAAUUAAUAAUUGAGUGACUUGGAACUUCCCCAGGCUGCCCAUCCUUGAUCUCAAGGCACUUGGCCAGGACAAGUUAUCACUCAAUAUAUUAAGCAUCAAAGAAGGCAUGAAAACAGUUAAGAUAUGGUUUCUGUCCUUUGGCAGUUUACACUCUAGGAGGAGAGCUUAUUCACAUUUUGUUUGGCAUUUCUCAUUAAAGUGCACAUCUGCUGAACACCAAAAUUUAUUCUUGUGCUUAUCGUUAGUGCUGGGUAUCAUGUGAUGGAGGAAGAACCAGAAAACUGCUCUCCUGUCAUAGUUGAUGGUCAAGGUAAAUGCAUUCUAAGUAGGUCUUGGCUCUUGGUGCUAUCUGGGUAUUCUGCACUUUGCAGACAAUGUCAAUGCCACGACUUCUGCCAUUUUGUGGUAAUUUAUCUCUAAGUCUAUCAGCUUUAAUACUCCCUAUAGCUGCAAGAGACUUUCUUGGAUCUCUGAGAUAGGGAAAUAAAUAUAUACCAAUGACUAUAAUGCAUGAUAAAAUGUGGGAAGCACAUAAGAGUGCCAUGGGCAUGAUGUUAAUGACAAUUCACUGGAGUGAGAGAUCACUUCUAGUUUGUGGAAUCAGGAAAAGUUAUAGAUUCAUUUGAGCUGGGCCUUCAAGGAUGGAUAACAUUUAGAGAGAGACAGAGAGACAGAAAGACAGACAGACAGACAGAAAGACAGAGGCAGAGAGAGACAGUAAGACAGAGAGAAUGGGUAGAGGGGAAGCAUUCCAGGUAUAACAUAGCCUAUGUUAAUGAGACUGUAUGAGUUCAGAUCCUUUGAGGGCUUUCUAUGUCUUGGGCAUCUUUUAAGUCAUGGCCAGUAGGACUUUUCUUGGACUAAGCAAUAGUAAUAGUAGCAUUUAUAUAACACUUCAAAUUUUGCAGCACUUUACAUUUGUUUGUCUGGGGUCACACAACUCUUAAAUGUCUGAGGCAAGAUUUGAACUCUUGAUUUCCUAACUCCAAGUCCAAAAUUAUAUCUACUGUGUCCCCUACUAGAAAAAUGGGAAAUUUUGAGAGAAAAGGGAGGAAGAGAGAGAGUAAGAAUAAGGGACAUAAGUGAGGCUAACAAAGACAUGAAUUAUCAUGGAAGUUCCUAACUCAAUAUCAAUAUAUAGUCCAUCAUGAUGACUUCUAUAAGCUGAUAGUGUAAUCUUUAAUAGUAACUCUAAUGAUUCAAGUGUAUAAACCUUCCAGAAAAGAAAAUAGCAGACUAUUACCCAAUGAUCUCUCUCCUAAUCUUACAAGGACCUUCCAUAUAGUUACCAGAGAAGAAAAGAAGAGUCAAGGAUCUAAGGACAUCUAGAGUCCUUGGAUCACAGAUUGAGAGCUGGAAAGGAACUUAGAAUUCUUUGAAUUUAUUGACUACUAGAAAGAAGAGAAAGGAAGAGAUUUCUGCUCUUCUGUCCAAUUGGCAUGGAAAGAAAGGGAGAGAAAUAGAAGUUUUAUCUUUUAAAUUCUUCACACUGCUUCCAUUCUGGCUAGGUCACAGGUUGCUUCUCUCUAGUAACUCAUUCUGCUCUGUCUGAGGGUUAGCAGUAACAAGGAACUUUUGUAUCACCAGCUCUUUGAUCUUUGAAGGUCAAUGGAAAUGCCUUUUUUUUUCUAGUGGAUUAGCCAGUAUUGAAUUAAGGAGGUCCUACUCCAUGAACAAAUUAAAAGCUCCCAAUUUAAUCCUGCCCAAUAACGUGUGUUGGAGCCUAUUUUCCUGAGGUUUAUUAUUCUGGCUAGAACUAAAUGGAAGAAGGGAGAGUUUCUAUGAACCCAGAGCAAGAAUGAGACCUUGUGCUAUUUUUAAUAACAAUAUUGCCAAGGAUGGCCAGAUAGGCAGGCCUUUGAUGCAUCAACAAAAGGGCAGGGGUGCAAAUGAAUGGGACUGUACCAGGGGCAAUAAUAAUUCUAAUUUGGCUAGAGCAGUCCAAAAGUACUAAGGCUUUCUAGCUCCAGGUAGAAAGGUGGUUUGGAAGAUUUUGUAGGGGGUGCAAUGUAAGUUUUAAGAACUUGGAUUUUAUUCAGUGUGCAGUAGGUAGUCUUCUACCUUAAUUUUGAAUAUAGUUCAGCAAAUAUUAAGUGUUAGAUGUGUAAGGGACCAUUCUUAGCUUGAGAUAAAAUAGUGGGUAAACUUUUCAAUGUUUAAUUAUUGGCUGUUUAAAAAAAUGCAAGCUGACUGCUCUUUUAAGUUUAAUCGGUGUCAUUAACAUUUUCUCCAGUACUUUUUAAAGUUCAUACAAUCAACAAAACAAUAAAGCAAGCUCUGGUCUGUUAUAUUUCUGACUCCUGAAAAGUUACCGUUUGGCUCAGAUUGGUUUGAACUGGCUCCAGCCCACUUUGACAAAAAGUGAAAUAGUCCCUAUCCUCGAGGAGUUUACACUAUUCUAAAGAGAUAUAAUAUGAACUCAGAAAAGUAAAAGCAAAGCUAUUUCAAGAGGAAAAAGAAUGAACCAACCAGAUAAUACAGGAGAAGAGCUAAGAUGGUACAGUGGAUAUAGUGAAAAACUUGGAAUUAAGAGUAACUGAGUUUGAAUACUGCCUCACAUACUAACUGUGUGACCCUGGGCAGGUUAUUUAACUGGUCUCAGUCUCAGUUUUCUAAUCUAUAAAAUGGGGAUAACAAUGGAACUUACUUUACAAAGUUGUUGUCAGGAUCAAAUGAGAUAAUGCAUGUUUUGUAAAUGUAAUGUGUUUCGAAAAACAUUAAAAUGCCACAUACAUGCUAUUUUGUGGAGAUAUAACAUGCACAGAUAAUAUCCAAGGCAAUUUCAGUAAGAAAGUGACCUAACUAGAUGAAUCAGAGAAGGUUUCUUGAAGAAAGUGCUAUCUGAGAUGGGCCUUGAAAGAAUGUAAGGAUUCUGAAGGAAAGAGGAAGGAGAACAGCACAGACAUGAGCUAGCCACAAAAUUUGUGCAAAUUUGUGCAUGUGGCAUGUGGCAUGUCAGGUUUAAAGAACAGCUAGUUAUUGGGUCUCUUUGGCUGAAAUAUAUGGAAUGAAAAAAGGAGUAAUGUCAACUAUGUCUGGAAAUCUAGAUGUGAGGGAGUCAGAUUAUGUUGGUAUUUAAACUACCUUAGAAGUUGUCAUUUUUCCUAGAGGCACUAGGGAGCCACUGAAAGGAGUAGCAUAGUCAGACCCAUGCCUAAAGAAAAUUAUUUUGCCAUCUGUGUGAAGGAUUAAAUGCAAAGGGAAAGACUGAAGAAAGGAAGACAUAUUAGGAGACUAUUAGAAUAGUUUAGGCUAGGCAUGGCCUUAUCUAAGGAAUGGCAAUGUAGAGGAUGUGGAGAACCAGACUGAUUUGAGAGAUAUUUUGGAAGUAGAAUCAAUGAGUGAUCAAAUAUGAUUGGGCAGAGAAGGAAGGAUCAAUGGUAGCACUUUUAACUUGGUUGAGACUGAGAGGUUGGCAGUACAUUGAAAGUUCAGAAGAGAGACAAGUUUAGAGAGAAGGAUAGUCAGUUCCUUUUUGGAUGAACUGAGUUUGAGAUGUCAAUGGGACAUCAUGGUGGAGAAAUCCAGUAGUCAUUUGAUGACAUGGAACUUAAUUGACUGAUAAUAUAGAUUCGGGGAUCAUCUCGGUAGUUGUUUUUGUUUGUCCUUUAUUUUUGAAGAGGACCAAUGACAACAUGGGGUGAUGUUUUGACUUGUUCAUAAAUUGGAUUUAAGUGAAUGGUAGUUAGUAUGGAGAGAGAGAAAGAAAAGAAGAGGACAUAGAUCAAGAGCCAAAUGGGGUUCCUACACUUAGAGGACCAGAAGGGGACAACAAAAGAAACUAAAAAAGUCACUUAAACUCCCAGUCUCAGUUUUCUAUUCUGUAAAAUGGAGUGAUAGUUACUUUUCCUCCCAGAGUUAUUGUAAAUGCAGUUUGUCUUUGACCAUGCCCACAGGAUCCAGAGAGAUUUAGGAGCAAGGAUUGACUUGCCAGACAAAGACAACACAGAUUCUCAAGUUUUGCCUUUGAUUCUGGCUGGUGGGAAGAAUAAGGAAGAGAGAAGCCAUUAAAUGCUGCUGCAUUCUCAAGUUCUCAAGUUUUUCUUCCUUCUUUUCUGAGCAUGACCAAAGACUGGUUAUAGGAAGAUCAAAUGAGAUAAUUUUUGUGAAGGCAUUUUGUCAUCAUCACAAUUUUUGUAAAUAUGAUUUAUUAUUAUUCUAUGGUCAAAUAAAAUAGAUUUGACAUUUUCUUGUUUGUAAUACCCUUUCACUGAUCUCUGAUCCACCAGAUCUAACACUGAUCUAUUUCUUUCUGCUUCCCAACCUCCUCCCCACUCCCCUUCCUCAGCUUCUCCUUGGCUCCUCCAAAAACUUUCACUGGGGGCAAAUAUAUAUCAUCUUUGGCUACUUCCUUGUUUAGGAGCCCUCUUCCUCAGGCCCCAAUAUUCCUUCCUGUUGUCUUUGCUCCUGCUUUAUCUCCUCAGUUAUUCACACUCAGGUCUUAAUGGUUAGGCUCACCAAGACAAAUGCAUUUCAGUUCAAAAUGAAAGCAGUUUGUUCACUGACUUGAAUUUCAAAGCCUAGGAGAUUUGGGGGUUGGGGAGGGGGAGAGCUCUUGACUUUAUCUAGGGAGUCAUAAAAGUUUUCUCAGGCUUUAUAGCCUCCAUCAAGAUGAAAAUGCUAUCCCAAGGUUUAAAAUAUGGAUGAUAAAUAAUAAGGAAAACUCCAGCUUUGACAGAGGAAAGUUUUCUUUGCUGAUUUUAUAUCUUGAAGUAUUGUGCCAGCAGGAAGCUGUACAUUUCAUUUUGAUGCAGGAGGCAGCCUCUUCCAGGAGUUUAUGCAAACAGGGGGCUGGGUGAGGUAUUUCAUGAAAUUGGUAGAGCAAAGACAGAGCCUGACAAAUCACAUCCUGGGGCUAUAUCUCAGUCCCUCACUCUUUCUCCAUCCUUCAAUUUCCUGCUCUACCCCUCCCCUGCCCCAUUCAAUUUUCACUGGAAUAGAAAUCCCCAUUAAAUUAGAGACCUAGGGUUGUUAUGGGGACCUGGGGUUGUGAUUUACAAGGCCAGAGAAAAGACUGGAACUGGCUUGAUUUACUGGACCAUCUUUCAUGCCCAAGGUACCCCAGAGCUCUUUGUCAUGAUUGAAUUUGCUAUUUGCCUUUUCUAAUCAUUCACACGCAAUUGGAAAUAUUUCUGUCUGCUUUUCUUGAUGUUGCCCAGGAGGACUGCAUCUCCUUUCCUUCUUUAGGAACUGAGAGUCUCUGGGAUCCAAAAUUCUGCCUUAGGAAGCCUUCAAAAACCAUCAUGAGAGGAGUCUGGAGAUGAAUAUUCUUUUUGAAUGAUGGAUAGCAAUUUCCCAUUUCAAUGACCAGGUUAAGAAUCACAAUUGGGAUGGAAUAAUAGUGAGUCAUGUUGAUUUGGCACUUUUCUCUGACUUUGUAACCUUGUUAUGCAUUUCUCACUGACCCUGCUUUCAGUUACAGCCUCUGGAAGCCACUUUCAAAGGAACAAUUUUCAUGGAGAUGGGACCUGACAAUUGCCACUGUAGGUCCUGGGACUCCCACCUUCUCAGCAGCCACCAGUAGUGAAGAUAAAAGAUAGUUCUUAGUAGCAAAGACCUUGACACAGUCAAAUGGUUCAACAUCAGAAAUAGAUGUUGGAAUGAAACUAAAGAAGAUGUCUUACCAUCCGCUUUGCUGCUUGCUAUUCCUUAAGGACCACUGGGACUUGCCAUCUGAUUUGUAGCUGAACCUUCCUAUACAUGUUGCUUUCCACAAGUAGAAUGUGAGUUCCUUGAGAACAAAGAUUGUCAUGCUUUUCCUUUGUAUCCCCAUUGCUUAACACAUAAAUCAGGAAGGACUGGACUCAUGAUUUUAUUAUUAUAAGGAACUCUGAGAUGAAGAAACUCUUUCUAUCAACGUCGAUCAGUUAUUAUUUUUAAUUUUUUUUUCGUUUUUUAAGUUCUUAUUUCUAAGGCAGAAGAACACUUAAGGGCUAGAUAAUGGGGGUCAAGUGACUUACCAGAAUCACACAUCUAGGAAGUGGCUGGUGUCCAAUUUGAACCCAGGAUCUCCUGACUCCAGGCUGGGCUCUCUAUUCAUUGAGUCUAGCUGCCCCCACCUUCUUUAUAAUUUAUAGUCUCAAGAAUUAAAAGACUUACUCAGGAUCAAACAACCAACAGUAUGUGUUGAAAAUGGGGCUUGAACCAAGGUCUUACCAGCACUGUGGCCAACUCUCUAACAACUAUGGGCUUCAUGCACAUGCACACCCAACUUCUUGAUUCAUGCUCCCCCACCCCCAUUCAUUUACCAAUGAGGAAACUGAGGUUCAUAUGCCUAGGUUCACCUUGUUAGAAAGUAUACUCAAGUCUUUCAGUUCCAGACCUGGUUCAUGUUCCAACUAGACUCAUUGUCUUCAUCUAUAGCUUAUGUAUAGGAUUAGAAUUCUUCAGAGUUUUUAAAGAGGAUUUCCCUGGUGUAAUUCAAGAGGGACCAGCACCUGCCCCUCAAGUUGCCAAAGGCAAAUCCUCCCUUACCUCCCUUUCUGCACCUGCUUGGCCACCUGGAUCCCUGUGGUCAUUUUCCAACGGGUAGUUACUCAAGGUUUACUAGCUUAUUUAAUUAGGACUUUUCACCCCUAGAGAUGGCCAAUCCAGAAAUGUUAAAUGCCCCCAUUAGGGCCUCUUAGUUUCUUCUAUCUCUUUUCCUCUUCUACUGAACUCCAGACUCAGAAUGUUUCUCUCUUUCCAGGUAAAUUUACCUAUUCUUUGUUCAACAAGGAAAUCUGAUCAGCCUCAAAUCCUUUUAUUUUUCUUCCCAUCCUAUCUACCCUCAAUAUGUGCGUGGGAAACUUGCAGUAGAUCUGCACAGUCAAAUAAAACAAAACUCCCACAUUGGUCACAUCCAAAAAAUUUGUAGCUUUUAUAUAUUUAGUCCGUCACCUCAUUCAGGAGGUAGGUAUCAAAUUCCAUCAGUGGUCCUAUGGAAUCAUGGCUGGUUAUCUGUUGUUGAUCAGGUCUCUGUGGAAUGUUCCCUUAUACAGUAUUGGUGUUGGAUCCAAUGUAAUACAGAAAGAGAACUGACUUUGGAGCUAGAUCACCAGCAUAUUCCAGGGCCUCAAGAGUCUGCCAUGGGAAAAAAAUCAGUUUAGGACCUGGGAAUGUCUAGCCUAGAGAAAAAAACAAUUAUAAGAGAUGGAAUGGAUGGAUGGAAAAGGGAUUAGACUUGUUCUUCCUGGCUUUGGAAAGCAAGGAAUAAGUCAUAGGAAGCUCUAGAAAGGUAGUUUUUGGCCAAUGUCAGGAAUAAUUUUCCCAAUAUGGAAUGGCCUCCCUCAGGCGUGCUUUAGCAGAGAUCUUCAUAGGGCUGAAGCACCUCUUGUUGGGCAUGAUGCAGAAGGAAUUCUUAGUGAUGUACAACUUGUUCUAGGAGACCUCUAAGGGCAAGUCCAACUCUGAAAUGCUACUGAUUCUAGUUUUGACUCCAUUACUCACUCUCUGAGUGACUUCUCUAGGUCUCAGGAUCCUCAUAUGGGGGUUGGAGUAGGUGGUUAAAGUUUCCAGCUCAGAAAUUCUGUGAUUCUGUGGUAAUGACAAUAUAUUCCUUUAUCAGAUAACACUGGUAUUUAAAAAGGACCUUCAUAUCUUAACUCUUCCCAAAGUGGCCAAUGUACAAAUAUCACUGUCUUAAGAAGUCUGGAAGGGAGAUUUGUUUAGACAGAGGGACCUUUGAAAUCACUCCACCAACUAGCUUCUAUUUAAUAGUAAGGCUAGUCCUGCUUUGGAAUACCUGGGAUUUAAAAAAAAAACUCUUACCUUCUACCUUAGAAUUAAUACUAUGUAUUGAAAUUGAUUCCAAGACAAAGAGCAGUAAGGGCUAAGCAAUGGAGGUUGUGACUUGGCCAGAGUCACAUAGCCAGUAAAAGUCUGAGGCCAGGGUUGAGACUUUUAAGAGAGUGGCAGAGGGAGGUUGGAGGUAUAGUUGUCUACCAUUAAUCUUCUAACUGCAGAGAUCUCCCCAGCUUGCUAGGAUAGGUUCUCAUGCUGUCUAGGCAAUAGUUUGCAGAACUAUUUUUAGCAAACUAUUAUGGAUUUAUUAUAUAGGUUGGCCCUUAUUAGCAAUAAGUGAAGGGACUCAAGCUGAGAAAUAACCCCAGGCCAUUCUCUCUGAAUGAGUCCAUACUCACACCUCAUGCUGGUAUUGAGAAUGGGCAAUGGUGGCUAGAUUCCUUUGAAUUUCAGGUAUGCCAGUAGUUUAAUUAAAAUAUUCCAUCUGUUAGAAAUGGACUCUGUAAAACUAUCUUUUGCUUUCCUUUUGCCCAUCCAAGAAAUUCCUGUUUCCAUGUAUUGCCUUCUUAUCCUUCAGGGGUUUAUGAGAAAAUAACAUGGGUCUCAUCACUGUUGGACACUAUUAGAGCAGCUAGGUGGCACAGUGGAUAGAGUGCCAGGUGUGGAGUCAAGAAGUCUGUUUCCUGACUUCAAAUAUAGUCUCAGGCACUUAUUCGUUGUAUGCUCUGGGCAAGUCACUUAACUGUGUUUGCCUUAAUUCUUUCAUCUGUAAAAUGAGCUGGAGAAGGAAAUAACACACUACUUAGGUAUGGAAAAAACCCCAAAUGGUCACAAAGAGUCAGACACUCCUGAAAUAAUUGAAAAACAACCAACAUGAUUGUUGUACUUAGUCCCAUUUUAUGCCUUCCACCAUGCCUACCCUACCUUGGGCAUGGCCUUUCUCCAUGUCCUUUGCUUAUCCUACCUCUCUUUCAAGGAUCAAAUCUUUCAUGAGACCUAUUCCAGUGCACUAAAACCUUCUGAUUCUUUGAUUAACUUUUAGCACUUGCUGCCUUUGGCCUUUCAUUUUGGCAACUGAGUAAAAAAAGAACAGUUGAAAUAUGGAGCGCCUGUGCAUAUAUUUGAUCUCCCUUAGACUGAAAACUUCUGGAGGUCAAAGGCCUUGUCUAAAAUCUCUUUUGCCUCAGUAACUAAUGUUGUAAAAGAUUUAGAGUAUUAUUAUGAAUUGAGUGGAAGAGUGGAUUUUGAAUGGAAAUAUUGUUUUAAUUGAUUUCAUUGACUGCCUGUUUAUGCUUAAUUUUUGCUAUGCUACAUGAUUCUGAGUUGACAUUCACCCAUUCCUGAUGAGGAAAAGGUCUGUAGUUAAGAAUUUAGUUCAGAUUAGAACUUCAAGGUUAAGUAUAAUAUAUUUGGAAAUCUGGGUGGGAGAUCAGCCCUCAGGAAUAAUAUGGAGUCUUGGCUUAGGGAUUCCUGACAUUUUUUGAUCAUCAUCAUCAUCAUCAUUCUCAUCAUCAUCACCUAUAAUUAUAUAGUUUUUGAGGGUUUACAAAGUAAAAUCCUUCACAAAACCCUACAAGACAGCUAAUAAAAGUAUUUUCAUCAUCAUUUUACAGAUGAAGAAAUAGAAAACUAGAAGUAAGGUCAUCCAGCUAUUGAAUGCUAGAGCUAGAACUUGAAUCCAGAUGUCUAGUCUCCAAGUCAUGCUGUCAUUUAUUAAAUGAAUGAAUCUAAAUUCUGGGGGACUUCACAGCCAGCCAGCUUCAUAAUAUUAGAAGAGUAAGAUAUCUUAAGUCAGUCUUCUAAGUUUAUAGCCCAGAUAGGGCUUAUCUAAGGUCUCAGUAAGUUAGUAGCAGGCAGAUUAGAACCUGGGUCUCUUGAAGACUCUAGCCUAGAGUGUCUUCUCAACCAUAUUGUUUCUCCAAUGAUAUUUUCUCCAGAGGACUGAGUUCUGGGGGGGGAAGACCAGACACUAGGAUGAAAGGUAGGAUUACAUAGCUAUUUUUGAAAAACGAGUUGUAAUUAGAGUUGAUCUGGAGGAAAUAAGGAAGGCAGCUGGGUAGAUAGAGUGCUGGACCUACAGUCAGGAAUACCUGAUUGCAAAACAGUCUUCAGACUUUGGACAAGUCCCUUAAGUUAUAUUUGCCUUAAUCUACUUGAGAAGGAAAUGGCAAACUACCCCAGUAUCUCUUCCAAGGAAAUUUCCAUUGGGAUCCACAGGAUCAGAAAGAGUUAGACUGAACAACAACAAAAACGGAGGAAAUUAUAUGUAAUAGAAAGAAGACUGACUGUGAAGUCCAACGUUUCAAUAAAUGUAGGUUUCAGAACCUGGCUUUGCCAUUUUUCUGACAAUGUGACCUUGGACAAUUCACUCAAUGUCUAAAGACUGCAGUUUUCUUUCUCUGUUAACAAAUGAUGGACUAGAUUUCUCAAAAUCCCUUGUGAGAUUUAUGGCCUGUGAUUCUUUGGGAAGAGAAAUCUUGAACCUUGACUCAUCUUUUCUGUUAACCACUUACCUCUGCACAUAGGAAGGGCUGACCUGUGCCUGACUUUAGGAUGCCAAUUCCUAGAUUUUGUGCCUGCCUAUCCUCCAUGUCUGUUGGACUGUGGACCUGUCUGGAUUGUGCCAUUUUAGAAGGUAUCUUUGGGAUUGUCCAGAAAAGGUGCAUUGCCAUUGCUUUCAUAUCCCACAGUCAUCAUGGAAGCUUUUUUGUAAGUUUCCAUCAGUUCAGGGACAAUACUUCUCCACUGGAGUUGAUCAGCUGUUCAAUGAUCAAGGCACCAAGCAAAAAAGUCUGGAGAGAGGAUGACUGGUUUCCAUGGCAACUGCUGCUUGUCUGAGCACAACACACAUACACAGGCACACACACACACACACACACACACUCACUCCCCCCCUUUAAGUAUGUAGGGGGUUUAUUUAUUAUUGGUGAGAUCCAGGGAUGGUGUUGAGAGCCUCCCUGUGAGGAUAUGCUGGAGUAGUCUCCACCCCUGUGCUGAGGUCAUAUUUUGAGCUCAGCAAUAGGCAAACAGACAGCCUGAUUGCCCUAGGCACUAGGUUUUCUCUAUGGAUAAAUGCUGUCCUGUCUGCCUCACAUUCACGUGUUGUGUUGUUCUCUAGAUAUUCCUUUAGGGCCCUUGAUUACUGGUGGGGGGAGUCAGUUACAUGAUCCCCUUCCCACUGAGGAGGGGAAAUAGAAAGCUUGUGACAAGGUCAUAUGGUGAGUCAGCCUCCCCUUCCCAAGUCCCUCUGGUGACGCAUGCUCCUUUCUGAGCCAUGGGAUUUUUGGUCCUCUCCAGGGAAGACAAAGAGCUGAUCAUUGCCACCAAAAAAGUCCCUUCCUACCAUCUUGUUCUUAAGCAUCUUUUUGGAAUGAGCAACACUGCCCCUGGAAAAUGACUCUAGUGAUUCCUUCAUUUGACAGGCAGAACGAUGACUUGGGGAAGCAGGAGGCUCCCUCUGGAGGGAGGGAGCAAGCUUUAAUCAGAUUUAUCUGACUAGAGUAUGAUUUAUAGCCUUCCCUCUUUGGACAGUCCCAAGGCAUCUCUUCUUAGACCAAGUGCAUCCUUUGGAGCCUUGUAUCAACAGCAUGAAAAAUAAAUGCUGAGGAAAUGCUUUGCAAGGUGUUUGCCCAUGAUGGGUGAGUCCUGUGUUUAAUUUAGCUCAAGCCUAACCUGUUCUUUCCUGCUAAGGCUCAUGAAUAGCAGGGCACUGUAAGCCUGGGUGGUACAUUUCUCUUCUACUUCUUUGUCUUAUUGUACACAGCCCUUAGGGGAAGGGCCUGGUAAAAACCUAUGCUUUGCACUUAACACGAUGGAGAAAGCUUCCUUCUUUGACAUUUCUUCUAAAAUGACAGAGCACAGAAUCCUUGCCUAAAUCACUUUGGUGUUUAGAGAUUUUGUUGUGAAGCAUCCAGGCAAUGUUGGUAUAUUUAUUAAUGUUAAAUUCCUCCACAGCGAAGAGAAUAAUUCAAAAGUGGAAAGAAACCUUAGAGACACUAAUAUGUGAAUGGAAUUUAAAAUCAUCCAGUCAACAAAUAUUUAUUGCUUUUGAAGAAAUAGAUUGUAUAGAAUUGGACAAGGCUAACAUACAUGAGACAGCAAUGAAGGCAGCAGACAUAAUACAUUAUAUAUAUGUAUAUAUGUAUACAUAUAAUAUGCCAGAUACCCUAAGCACUGUAGGACUUGUACUUCACAAGUAUAAUAUGGGGGAGAUGUGGCCAGAUAGAGAUUUUUCUGAAAGAUCUAGGGAUUUUGGUGGCUUGCAAGAUCAUUAUUUGUCAGUGGUGUGAUGAAACAGCUAACAGUGAUUCUGAAUUUAAGAUACCGUAUGGCGCACUGUCUGGAGGUGGAAUGGAAUAUACAUGGUGUGAUUAUCCCACACCAUAUAACUGUCCACCAAACCUCCUAUUUAUAUUGUUGGGGUUGUGUGAAGAUAUAUAAAUAUCACCCAGUGGGACAAUAUGACUCAUUGUGAUACGUUGCAUCGAGGACAUAGCUUUCAGAACUGGGAAGGUGAUAAUGCUGGUUCGACCACAUUUCAAGAAUUGUAUUUAGACUUAGAAACUAUAGUACCAGAAGGACAUUGAAAGGUUGGAGAAUGACCAGAGGGGGGAGUAUAUGGCCAAGGGCCAUGAGCUCAAGCCAUUUGUUGUUCACCCUUUGUUUUUAGAGAGGACCAGCGAUAGCCCAGCAUGAUUUCCUGACUUGGCCAUGAAUGGGAUUUGUGAGGCAGUGUUGCACAGUCAUCAGUCUUACUCUCUCUUCCAGAGUUAUGGAAGCCCAGCGGCAAAAUAAAAGUCAGGAUGGCUGGUGAUGGGUCAGGAUGCAGUGGAUAACCUUGGUGUCUUAGAUGUCUGACCAAGUGUUAAGACAUUUAAGGAUUGAUGGAAGGAAUGGGACCUGCCUAACAUAGCAUUUAUUAAAAUGUUUACUAUGUUCCAAGUACUUUACAAAUAUUUUAUCAUUUGAUUUUCCUAACAACCCUGUAAGGUAGAUGCUAUUAUUAUCCCCAUUUUAUUGUUGAACAAACUGAGGUGAGCAGAGGUUAAGUGACUUGCUCAGGGUCACACAGCUAAUGAGCAUCUGAAGCUGUAUUUGAACUGACUCCUCACUUUGCCACCUAGCUGUUUCCAGAAGCUAAAGUGGGAUACAGACUGAAAGCCUUUCACUUGGACCUAGUCUUUUUUUUUACCCUUACUUUUUUGUCUUAAUAAUUACUCUAAGACAGAAAGACAAGGACUAGGCAAAUAGGGGUUAAGUGACUUGCCCAGGGUCAUACAUCUAGUAAGUGCUUGAGAUCAGAUUUGAACCCAAAUCUUUCUGAAUCCAGGCCUAGAGCUCUAUUCACUGUGCCACCUAGCUUCCCCUGGACCUAUUCUUGAAGUAAUUCUCCUGUCAGGAUAUUUUGACUUUUAGCUUGGGCAUUCCAAGAAGAAUGGUGAAGGGAAAAGAAGGUACUUCUAAGGUCUCCAUUUUUCCUCUUUUUGUGUUAAUCAUGAGGGGACAGCUAUGUGAUUCAGUGAAUUGAAAAAGCCAGGUCUAGAGGCCAAAAACCCUGAGUUCAAAUUUGGCCUGAGACAUUUCCUAGCAGUGUGAUCUUGGACAAGUCACUUAAUCUUCAUUGCCUACCACUUACUACUCUUCUGCGUUGGGACCAAUACACAGUAUUGAUUCCAAGAUGGGAGGUAAGGGUUGUUGUUGUUGUUUUUAAAUAUCAUCAUGGCUCAGCCCUUUGUUAUAUACACACAUAAUGCCUCGUUGCCUUCAGCAGCUUACUAUAAAAUUCUCUAUCCUCUCCUACUCUCCAUUUCCCAAUGUAUGAUCAAAACUUAGAGAAACAACCUCCCAGAAAAAGCCACUCAGGUAAGCAGGUUCCGCCACAGUGCUCUCACCUUGCUCUCUUGCUCCUUCCUUUGUCCAUACAGUGAGCUCUCUAGAAGAAGGACCCACUUAAGAUCACCUGCCCAAAGGCAAGACCAAUUCUGCUUUUAUCAGCAAGCUAAGAGGGAGAGAGAAACUAAUGCCCUCAUCAGGGUUCCUGGCAAUAGAUGCUGCCUUCUUGCCACAAAGAUGAAUUGCCCUGCUUUGAUGAAUGUAUUAGAAUUCUAGUUGGAAGGACUUGCCAGAGCUAGCCUUAGAGAACUUGGGAUUGCAUUCAUGAUCCAAUAAAGCACUGGAUGAAAAUGUUGAGAUGUUGGUGGUUUAGCCACCUGAAUAGGGCAAAUUGGGGAGCAGUGAGUCAUCAGUGAGAUAUAUAGAUGAAGAAGAGAAGGGAAAUUGUUAAAAUAGAAGCCAUACAUUUCAGGAAUGUCAUCCCUAGCAACUGUGGAGACUGGGUGGGAAAAGUCCUUGGGAAGAAGCAUUCCUUUCAUCCAUUAUGUUCAUAUAACUAUUCUGCUGGUCAUUCUACACUUCAAAAUUCUCUAUUAGUGCGUUAUUGUCAUUACUGACUUAUAUGCCAUUAAAAAUGAUGAUGGGAUAAUGUGUGUUUAAAUACUUGCUUUUUAUUUAUAUAGUCUUGAAUUUUUUUUCCUUAUGAACUUGGGGCCCCAAGUAGAAAAAAGGGGCUCCUCACUUUAAUUUUUUAUAUCCUGAACUUUAUCUUUAUUAUAUAUUCAUAAUUAGAAUUAAGCUUAAAAAACUACCUCUUACUGUGCUAGAGGAAACUUCUUUUAUCCAGAGAAUAUCAAAGGAAAUGACAUGCCCAUGUUUGCUCAACAGUAACUUCUGACUGGACAAUUACUGAGAGUGUCCAUCAUCAAUAUUCCAUCUUGGUGUUUGUGAUUAACAAUGAAAACAAAUGUAAAUGGAGGGGAAGGAUGAUGAGGCUUUUAAAUUUCAAUCUAAAGACCAGGGAGGACAGCUGUCAUUUGUAAUAUUGCAUAAAUUCUACCAAUAGUCACAAUUAAUAUUACCUUGAAUCUCAUAGGAGACUUUCUGCAGUCAUACCCUGUAGAUUAUUCCAUUUAUAAUGAUAACAGCUCCUUACAUUUGGAGGAUGAGCUAUAUAUACACCCCUAAGACUUUCCCAUAUACAUUAUCUCAUUUGAUUCUAAUAGCAAAAUUUAUAAAGUAUGAAGGGCAUUAUAAUUCCCCUUUAUCAGAUGAAGAAACUGAGCCUAAGAGGUUUAACUAGUUUGCCUAAAGAGUUUGGGGGAGAAGAGAGAGGGAACCAUUGUGGAAUGAUGAGAAAAGUGAUUGAUUUGAGAGAAUGUGGAGUUGAGUUUCAGUUCUGCUCACUUACUGUGUGACCAUGGUCCGGUUAUAUGAGAACUAUGUGCCUCAGUUUCCUGAGGUUAAAUAUUCAAAGCAGCAUUUUUGUGUGUGAUAAAAACACAAUAAAUCUGGAAACAAUGAAUGUUCAUGAAUGAGGAAUUGUUAAAUAUAUUUUGGUAUAUAGAUAUCAUGGAAUAUAUUCUGCAUUAAGACACAAAUUGUGAACUAUUCAGAGAAUUCCUUACACUAAUGGAGCCUUACAUGAACUGAUUCAGUCAAAUAAGUGAAACCAGGAGAAAAAUAUCACAGGGAAUACAACAAUAUAAAGGAAAAAACACUCAAAUCUCAACUCAGAGAUUGUAAUGACCAGCCUUUCUUGUGAAGGACAAAUGAUAUAAUGCAGUGAUGCCUAGUUCAAGUAGUAAAACAGGACACUAAUCUGCCCAUAGAGAUCCUUAUGGGCUGCAUGGCAGUUAUAAAAUGUAAUAUU